GGCACCCCUGCGGGGGCGUUUCCUGUCGCUGUAAUUUUAACUGAGGACCACGGGACUGAAACUUUCGCGGCCGCCAUGAAGCGGCUUUUUGAGAUAUCGGACGAAAAGUUUCGACAAGGUCCCGCUGAAAUAAUUACAGAAAAUUCGAAAGGCUUCAGGAAUGUUCUCUCCAAGUUGUGGCCGAAAAGUGCUCUUCGUCUGUGUCAGUUGGAAAUGCAGGUGAUGGCACAACAGUGGCUGAAAAAAGAGGAAAAUAAAAUCGCUGAGGAACAUCGACAAGAACUUUUAGAGAUUUUGUGCGGUUUGAUGCAGUGUCGCACUAUUUCUGAGGCUGAAGAUACCUAUUUAGAAAUACGUAAUUCACGGUCAUUACGUGCGACUUAUGGCAAUUUUCUUCGUUAUCUCACCGGUCUCUGGAAACGACGGGAGGAAUACUGCCUCGCCUGGCGCUCUCCGAAAGUCCGUGGACACACGAGCAUAAAUUCUGGAGCUGUAAUUAAGGCCCUUAAGGAGAAGGUACUACGAGGUCGUCGAUGCUACAACGUUGUACACCUGCUAGAUCGGAUUACUUCCAGACUGGAAAAGUACCUUCAGAAGCGUUUGGUACAGUUUCUUAGCAACCCGUUUCCACACACCUUGCAAAAUUCGUUCCUGAGAAAGAUCGCGUACUUGAAAUCGGCCGACGUUAUUCAGUCAGUAGAUGCGGUCACGUUCAAAGUGCCUGGUGGUAUUGAUCCAGAGGCACCGCUCUAUACGGUUCGAAUGGAUGUCGGUUCGUGCGAAUGUCCUGACGGCUCGCAUGGAAAUUUAUGCAAGCAUCAAUUCGCGGUUUGGCAGUUGCGAGGCGUGCCUCCAUCGAGAGCGCAGGCGAUCAUUACUGGAGAAGAUCGCGACUGGUUCCACCAGAUUGCUACUGGCAACGAGAAAGAUCUGCCGCCUCCAGUGCCACUUACGCAUAUACAAUGCAACAUCCCUACGAAGCCGAAAUUCGUCAACGCCUGGCGUCAUAAGGUCCGUUUUAGAAAUAUUGAUGGGGCUGUUCAAACUUUGACUUUGACACCGGUUCAACAGAGGACCCCAGCCGCACCUACAUUUUCACUCCAGUUGGCAUCAGUUAUUGCUGAAGAUGGGACUGAUGGAGUUCCACCAUCGAAAAGAGCGAAGCUUCAAAUGGAGAAUAUAUCGAAUCCAUGA